UCAGAGCUGCGCUGGGAAAGUAAAACAUCCAUUUUUUCCUAGCAGUAUAAUUUGCCAUAAGUUUUUCGUGGAAAGUCGAAAGAUUUCUCCUCUCUGACCGGAUAGUGAGUACCUCUGAAAUUGCAUGUGUGUUUCUAAGUGGAAAAGGUCGUCAACGGAUUUCUUCAUUCUAAGGGUUACCAUGGCUAAUUAGCACAAAUAGAAGUUUUACCAUGUUACUUGGCAUCUACAUUCCAUUUUUGUUUUUUUUGAGACCGUAUCUUGUCUUCCCUGCUGCACGACAUUCGGAAAGCUGUUCAGUUGUGUUCGAGAGCCAUGACGGGUAUGCCUUAUUUGGUCACCAAUUCAUCAAAUUCAACGUUUCCGACUACUCUGAGUGUGCUUUGAAGUGCAUGGCAAAUGACACCUGUCAUUCAUACAAUCUUCAAGCCAAAAGCAGUAGGCAUAAGCAUCAAAUGUGUGAAUUAAAUAACCAAUCGCGAAUAUCCAAACCUGGCGACUUUAAACACAGGCAGGGAUAUGUUUACAACGGUGCUGUUCCGGUGUCCUGUGUUCCAAAAAUUUGCAUUGGGGAAGAAGACUGUCAGUGUCAUCCGUGGUACAAGGGGCCGGGAUGCCUGACGGUGAGGCUUGGCCAUUUUGCUGCAAAUCCUGGGAAAUCUUGCAAGCAUAUUCUUGAGUCAAAUGACUCUAAAGGAGAUGGGGAAUACUGGAUCGACCCUGAGGGCAAAGGAAACUCUUUGAAGGUCUACUGUGAUAUGAAAACUGACGGAGGAGGCUGGCUUCUUACAUCCAUCUUUAUGGUAGAUAACCCGACCACUCCUCCCGCUUGGACCGCUGAGCCAUCGUACCGCGGGAUCAUCAAAUUCACCAAUCACAAAAUGGGUAUCACAAUUAGCGCCAUGAAAGAACUCAGAGGACACUUGCGAUUCACUCAGAUGAGAUUCCACUGCAGUAAACAACAGGGACGUACGUUCCACGUGACCACGGCCGCUAACAGCUCUGGUGAAGCUGUAGUCGAGUAUUUUAGCAAUCAGACGAACACCCGGCCAGACUCGUGUCUCUCUUUUGUUAGAAUGAAAGAUGACAACUCUUAUCUCUCCAGGAAUUGUUCCAGAUGGGGAUCCGACAAAUCUUCGACCUUCGAAGGGAAGUGGGGGCAUAAAAAUAAACAAGGCGAAACACGUUUGUACGAUCUCACUGCACAUGUUGAUAAGCACUAUAGCUGGAAGACAACCGGGAUAUAUCGCCUGUGCGACGACAAUAAGAACGAUACCUUUAUAAAUUUGUCAAAGGGAGACUUUUGGAAGAUUUUUGUUCGUUAAACAGUUACCGACAGGAUAAACACAUACUUAACUACCGACUUAUAAUUAGUGGCCUUAAAAAAGUAAAAUGUUUUCACGACGGUUUUGCCCAAACGAAAGGUUUGAAUAUUAUAGGAUAACGCGAGUGAAU